ACUCUCUGUCACUGAAUCCAGUGCCCCAGUUUCAUCCCCUCAGGUUCAAGGAUCUGCCCACCUCCAACUUGGACACAUUUGAAAACUAUUCGAAACUAGCCGUUAACGCGGGCAAUGUUAGGACGGCCUCAGCCAUCAUUUGGAACACCGUGGAUUGCCUUGAACAAUCAUCACUAGCACAGAUCCAGCAACAAUGUCAAGUUCCAAUCUUCUCUAUAGGUCCUCUUCACAAGAUUGCACCAGCAGCCUCCAGUAGUUUACUAGAAGAGGACACCAGCUGCAUUGCGUGGCUCGAAAAGCAAUCUCAUAAGUCAGUUAUCUAUGUAAGCUUGGGGAGUGUAGCAUCCAUUGGUGAGAAGGAACUCAGUGAAAUGGCUUGGGGAUUAGCUAACAGCAAUCAACCUUUCUUGUGGGUGAUCAGACCUGGCUCAAUUUGUGGUUUAGACUGGAAUGAGACAUUGCCUCAAGGUUUCAUAGAAGCCGUUGGAGAAAGAGGUUGCAUUGUCAAAUGGGCACCCCAAAGAGAAGUUUUGGCUCAUGGCGCGGUGGGUGGGUUUUGGAGCCAUUGCGGUUGGAACUCAACCCUAGAAAGUUUAUCUGAAGGUGUUCCAAUGAUAUGUACGCCGAGUUUUGGCGAUCAGAAGGUGCACGCAAGGUAUAUCAGCCAAGUAUGGAGAGUAGGCGUACAAUUGGAGAAUAAGUUAGAAAGAGGAGAGAUAGAGAGAGCUGUCAGAACACUGAUGGUAGAUGAUGAUGGGGAGGGGAUGAGGGUAAGGGCCAAAGAUUUGAAGGAGAAAAUAGAAGUUUGUAUGAAGAAGGGUGGCUCUUCUUACAGUUUCUUGAAUAAGCUUGUGGAGCUUAUCAUGUCAUUGUAAUUGCAACAACAGUGGCUCUUCAGACAUUGAUAGAUGAGGCUUGCUGCUUGUGGAUGUCAAAAAAAAAACUUCUGUUGUCCAUCCACAGCGUUGAAUAAAGUAAAAAUUGUUUUUUUGCUCUUGUUUCAUUAAUCUUCUCUACCAAACUAAGGAGGUGUAGGUAGUUCUGUUAGAGUUAAGAGCACUAAAAGGGACCAACUAGAUUUUCGCUUUAAUUUAGUUAGGUAUAUAGAACCCAAAAGAAAUUUGUACCCAAACAAAACAUAUGGCCGAGGGAAGACCAACAAUGUCAAUUGUCUCAGCUUAAGUACCCCACAACAGAAGGGAUUG